GCGUGGCUGCGUGAGCUUUUCAACUUUCGAACAUGGGUUGUUGCUUCAGCAAAGAAGGAAGCAGUGACAGGGACAGCGAAAAAGCUGGCCUGUUGCCGGAGUCUGUGGAGGAGGCGGAGUCGGGGCACCAGAUAAGUAAAGCUUUGUCUUCAUUAUUUGAUACCCUUGAAGGUGAGGGGCUGCCCGGUGUCCGACAUGGAGGCGGCGGCCGGGCGGCUGCCGGAGCCGCUCUGUGGGUGAGGGCUUCCGCGAGCCCGGGGCCCCCGCGGGGGCUGCGGCUGAGGCUGUCGUCGGACUCUGUGUCCCCUCCCGUGCCCCAGUUCCUGCCUCGGUCUGAAAGCUUCGAGGAGAGAGAGACGAAUUCAGAAGCCAUUGCUCUUGAGCACGGUUGUGGCCGUGUCUCGGUCACUCGCCGCGUGAGCUCUGUCGGGGAACGGGGUGUCUCUGAAGACGUUUGUCCCAAAGGUGACGAGGCUCUGUCUUCCGGCCAGGGCGUGCAGGGAGGCGCCCACGUAGGGGGCCGUCUCGGUCAUCCCCCAGCCGCUCGCAUAAACGCCCUCACUGAGCACGACAGGGCGGUAAACGUUCAGCUCCCAAGUGACAGUAGCUCUUCAGACAGGUCUGGCAGGGGGGUGACGGGCAGACACCCUGUUUGCGGUGGUCACCAGGCACAUGGGGCUUGGGGAGAGAGCGAGUUGUACAGUAUCUGUGUUGUAGAUCCUGACGGCCUGGGCCUCGCUGAGGAGCUGUGUGCCCCCGUGUGUGGUGCAGCUGCUGGGGAAGACAGUCGCUCAGCUGUCACCUCUGAGGGACUUCGCAGAGGGGCCCGGCCGCCGGGGAAGGCUGCCCAAGGCCCAGGACAGUUAGCUGCCCUGCAGGAAGAGCGGUCCCCACGGGGCAUGCCCAGCCCGAAUGAAAGGAAGGAGGUUUUUAAGGAAAAUACCAAACCCGGUUUGGAACUAAUGACUGUGUCUUUAAGGGCUCUCGCUUGCCCUGGGUUCCCCCGAGACUGCACAGAAAGCAGCGCAGUAUGUAAUGCGGGCGCACUCCCUGCACUUAACCGUAACGUGGGCACUAGCUCGCCGGGACGUGUGUGUGCCCUCCCUGAAGGAAGUGAGAACUGUAGUCUAGAACAGGUAAGCCCCACGGGUGACUCGCGCGUUGAUUCACUAACCCACCCUUCAGAAACGGAGAGAAAUGGUGACUCUGGAGCUGUAGCAGCGAGCGUAGGCCAGAGCUUAAACUCUGAAAAGGAAAGAGAAGAUAAUUCUUUGAGACCACUGAAAGACAGUGAUUACUUCCGCUUUGAUGUUAGCAGGCCAGAAGGUAGUCUCCUUCCCCAGAGUCUAGAUAGGAUUCAUCCGAUCCGGGAAAGCUGUGUCCCUUGCCUGAGCCUUAGAAACCAGCGUCUUCCAGUUCAUGCCAGUUUCCGAGAAGUAGCCUCUAACGGACCCGGUGAUGCUGGACCAGCCCGCCUGCUGACACCAGCCAUGGCCGGGGGGCAGCAGCCCGGCGUCUGCAGCCUGAGACCUGGAAGCAUCCAGCCUGUGAACAAAGCACACUUGUCUUUGCAAUCUGAAAGGAGUUCAUCUUACCCAGAUAAGGAUAAAAUGAGCAUUUUUGAAGAAGAGGGUCAUGGACAGAGGGCUUUCGAAUGGAGACCUUCACAUCAGGUGGCAGACCUGUGCGCAGACCUUGGGGUCAGCCCAGCCCAAGCACAGAUCUGCAGUGUAACUGCUGCGCCGUGCAAGACGGGCACGGAAGGGGUGUUCCCCACAACGGGCACCCCAGAACUCGGAAGCUCCCAGGAAGUGCCCCCAGAUGGCAAGUCUCUUGACGGCUCCGGCUGUUUUCAGGGUAGCUUUAUCUCCUCUGUGUUUGCUUUCGCCGGCCCAGAAGAACGUGAAACGGGCCCGUGUGUCAAAACGGAAGAUGAGGUGUGUGUGAAGAGCACAGUGAGCGACCGGCCAGGGUCAGGAGGUGCCCGAAAAGAGUCACUGAAGGCCAGUCCGAGAGAGACCCGUGAGGAUGACAGAGGAGAUGUGAAGUCAGACUCGGAAACCACCUCCUGCUGGGAGACGGGCGCAGCCCCCCGCGGGGCGGCCAGCGGGCCCGCGGACUCCACGGCGCCACCUGGUGGCAGCAGCCGCUGCACGCGGGAGGGUGGCGCGGCCGGAGCCCUGAGUGCCUGCAGACGGGAGGGCCCGGGUCGCGCACCGCCUCUGAGCCAGGGUUCGAGUCCGGGCGAGCAGAGGUCACAGGCAGGAGAGGCGGACUCUGCUCACAGCCGUGAAGAAGCAGGACUGCAGCAGGUUUGCUCAGACUCUGCUGAGGAGCGCGCGGAUGCCUUAGGGGGUGGCGCGACGGGGAUGAGCACGCGGGCAACAGCAGGUCGGGGGGCGAGGGACAGCAUCCACGUGUGCCGGGUGAGCACACACGCACGCCACGUCGGGCAACGCCGUGCCGGACCCGUGCCCAGCGGCCCUGCGUGGAACGGCGGAGUGGACUUUGUGGGAAGUCCACAGGUGACUGUCCGAGACCUGGAACUGGGGGAGACCCUCGAGGCAUGUUCCCGUGUGGCCCGAGUGGGCGGAUGCACCGACCCCCCUCACGAGGUGCCGCAGGUGGUUCCCGUCACCGCAGGGGACAGUGCAGGAAUAGCGCCCCACGGCAGGGCCCGUGUCGUCCCCCUCACAGGAGACGCUGUACAUACACCUGCGAGUCCUGCAGGAGGGGACCUGCCCAGCUCCCCAGGGCCGUGGUGCUCCCCGUCUCUGAAUGAGCCCGCCUGUUACCCAGUGGGAGCGUUUGCAAGUGCGACGUCUUCUGGGGGACUGGCCGAUGGCUGCCAGGAGCACCCAGAGGGCUGCGCGUGGGGUCGCGCCGUCGGGAACGAGGCCUUGGAAGAGGAGCAGGGGCCCAGCGCGUGUCUGCCCGGGAGGCCGCCGGCCGUGGAGGCCGCUCUGUUCUGGCUGGAGAAGCCCCCGUACCGGCUGCCAGCGGCAGAAGAGGCUGUUCUCUGGGGAUGGCAGAGUAGAGGUGGACAGUUAGUACCGACAGCCAAGGUUUCGGAGCUAAACCCUAAUGCUAAAGUGUGGGGGACGCCGGUGCUCCACUUGGAAGCAGGCCCCGCAGCGGACGGCGGUGUGAGUGCCGACUGGGAGGAGCCGUCGGGCCCGUGCACGGACUGCGGCCAGGAGGGGUUGGAUGCCAAUGGUGAUGGUGACAAAAGUCGUGAGAAUGUGGCGCUGUCGGAUUUGCAGGCGUCAGACCAAACCGCUGUGAGCACUUUGGCUCUGGGUCGCUCGGAACAUGAGUCUCCGCCGGAAGAUAGCGAGACCGGAGGAAAUGAGUCUCAGCCGGAAAGCCAGGAGGACCCCCGAGAAGUACUUAAAAAGACGUUGGAAUUCUGCUUAUCUAGGGAGAACCUGGCUAGCGACAUGUACCUCAUAUCGCAGAUGGACAGUGAUCAGUAUGUGCCGAUCACCACGGUCGCCAACCUGGACCACGUCAAGAAGCUGAGCACGGACAUGAACUUGAUUGUGGAGGUGCUGAGGUCUUUACCGUUAGUCCAAGUGGAUGAGAAGGGGGAAAAAGUAAGGCCAAAUCAGAGUCGUUGCAUUGUGAUCCUGCGGGAAAUACCGGAGUCCACGCCUAUAGAAGAAGUAGAAGCACUAUUUAAAGGAGACAAUUUACCGAAAUUUAUAAACUGUGAAUUUGCCUAUAACGAUAAUUGGUUUAUUACGUUUGAGACUGAAGCUGAUGCACAGCAGGCUUACAAGUAUCUGCGAGAAGAAGUCAAAACUUUUCAAGGAAAACCAAUUAAGGCACGGAUAAAAGCAAAGGCAAUAGCUAUAAACACAUUUUUGCCAAAGAAUGGAUUUAGACCUCUGGACAUGAGCCUUUACGCGCAGCAGCGCUACACAGCCUCCUUUUACUUGCCUCCGGUCUACAGCCCCCAGCAGCAGUUCCCCCUGUACAGCCUGAUCGCCCCCCAGACGUGGUCGGCGACACACAGCUAUCUCGACCCCCCCCUGGUGACCCCGUUUCCAAAUACUGGAUUUAUAAAUGGGUUUACGUCUCCAACCUUCAAACCUGCAGCAUCUCCUCUGACUUCCCUCAGACAGUACCCUCCACGAAGCAGGAAUCCUAGUAAAUCUCAUCUUCGCCACACCAUUCCCACCGCAGAGAGAGGAGCUGGGCUAUUAGAAAGCCCUUCGAUAUUUAACUUCACUGCUGAUCGGCUAAUUAAUGGUGUUCGAAGCCCACAGACACGGCAGGCAGGUCAGCCUAGAACACGGAUACAGAACCCUCCGACCUACACCAAGAGGGAGGUUGGGUCUGGCCGAGUGGAGCAGAGCAGCGCGGAGUCGCCUCCUGGCUUAGGGAGAGGGAGGAAGAAUUCCUUUGGCUACCGGAAGAAACGGGAGGAGAAGCUGACAAGGAGUCAAACUCAGUCUCCAACGCCACCAAAGCCCCCGUCCCCGAGCUUCGAAUUAGGACUGUCCAACUUCCCUCCGUUGCCUGGGGCAGCAGGCCAUCUGAAGACAGAGGACCUGUUUGAAAACAGGCUGUCUAGCUUGUUACUAGGGUCCUCGAAAGAAAGGAGCCUAAACGCGGAUGCAGGCACGAGCACGCUUCCCGCGGUGACCCCCAGAGAGCCCUUAGUGCCCGCUCCCUGUGCCGCGUCUGCAGCCUAUGGGCGCUCCCCCUCCCCCGUCCGGCUGCCGGAGGAUCCCAAGAUGGUGGAGAAGCAGAGAGAAGCCUCGAGUGUGGACAGACUUCCUUCCGCCCUAACUACGACGGCCAGUAAAUCGGUGCAGGUGAACGGCGCUGCUACGGAACUGCGAAAACCCAGCUACGCGGAGAUUUGUCAGAGGACGAGUAGAGAGCCUCCGUCUUCCCCGUUGCAGCCGCCGAAAGAACAGAAGCCCAGCGCCGUCAGCUGCGGGAAGGAAGAAAAGAAGCUCGCCGAGAGAGAGCCCCCCGCCCCCAAGUCCAACCCGGGACCACCCAAAGACCAGAGGAGGCCGCCAGGCCGCCGGCCCUCGCCCCCAGCCGCCGGGAAGCGUCCACACAGAGAACAGAGCACCCCUCCCAAGUCCCCUCAGUGAGCGCCGAGGUCUGGGAGGGCUGUGAGGAGCUGGGGUCACCACAACUAAGCACUGCCCCCCCUCGGGGCCGAGAAUGAGCCGCUGGUUAGGGGCUUGCAGCGUAGACAAGGCCGGUGAGGUGCCUGCAAGUGGUUUUUCUUCCAUGAGUCAGAUUUCCCCCCUCUUGAAAAAAAUCUAUUUUUCAGGAUUUAAUUAAUAUAAACCUUAUUUUAGGUUGGUGCUUAACUGGAGGUGAUGCAUAAGUCUGAUUUUUUUCAGGAUAGAAAAUGCAUUUAUCCUAACAAAUUGAUAUUUUUAUUAAGCCUCCAUGUGGCUAUGAAUGCAAGCUAUAUAUAGUGAGUUUUUCUAAAUUAAGCGGAACUAUGCUACUUCUUUUUUUAAAAUAACUGGUUAGCAAGUGCAUUCCUCUGCGAUGUCCAGACCGAUGCGUGGGCUGAGGACCGCUGGGAUGGAGGUUGGAGGUGACACGGUCCGUGUGGCCUGGAGAAGAGAUGGGAUCAGGUCACGCCCUCGCUGGCACAGGAGUUGUACUUCAUUCAGAACCUUAGCAAGUGACGCUAGUGUUUUUGUUUUUGUUUUUGUUUUUUAAAAAACGUAUAGCCCGUUUUUGAUCUACUGGGCGAGAUGCACCCAAGAGAGCCCUGAAACCUUGAGUUUUGAUGUGCUGCAAGCUAGUAACCAGCCACUCAGUCCUGGCUCACACGGCUGUUGUGUAAGAUAGAGUCAAAGCACAUUGUGAAUAGAACUGAAAUGAAAACAUAAACCUGGUUGCCCACUGACGUGUUCCCGCGAAAAUGUACCCUGAUGUUGUCUUGCUCCUGGGAGCUGCGGGGAGGGCGUGGGUGCCACCGUGGCUCCCGCGUCUGCCCCGUGUUAGCCGGCUCCGUGGGCGCCUUCCCGGACCUCCGCGGCGGCACACAGUGGAAGUGUUCCUUAAGUCGUGAGAGAGUGGUGUCUGCAGUGCCCUUGGUGGCGAGGCUCGCCGUUCCUCCGAGACGAGGGUCUCAGUGACCCCUCUGGAAGUGCUGCGCUCUGAACACCACGCAUGCACUCACGCUAGCAGUUCAUAAUAAAGUUAAAUAUAAAUUAUUUUGUUUUAAAAUGCCUAAAUUUUUUCUUGAAGUAUUCUAAGCAGCAGACAUUAAAACAUUUCCUGCUAAAUGUAACCAUACAGUUUAUUCCACAAAAAGUUAUUUAACAAGACUGAGGGUUCUUUUUAAAACAUUAUUUCCAUCCAAUAUUUAAAGACUUGAAUUUUAUUUAAACUUGAAAAUGACUUUGCCUUAACUUUUGUAUAAGACAGCUUAGAGUUGGUGGAGACUGGCCCCUGGGUUGGCGCGAGUGGGUCACGAGCCGCUCGGUUUGGUGGGGCUGCCGCCGCGGGUGUCGCUGAGCACACGCUCUGUAGCACAGGGCCUGGCAGUGGCGUCCGUAGUAGACCCGAAGAUCUUCAACAGUUGACCUUUUUCAGAUGGUUGGGAAAUCCUGUAAAUGCGGAUGGUCAAUGCUGUAUUACAUGCGUGCACCUGGGAGUGUGUGCUUUGCUUGUACAGUUGUAAAUAAUCAGAACAUAUUAAAAAGGUACCCUACAGAGAAAAAUCUGAUAAAAAUUAUUGAUAUAUUAUAAAUGUUGCUAUUGAGCUGGAUGUAGAUAAACUAAAUGUUGUGGUUUGAAUAUUA